UCUCAGCCUGUCAUCUCUGCCUUCUCCCCAGAUCUUUAUCUGGGUUACAUGUUAACCUUUUUCAUUCUUUCUCUACAAUGUCUUUGAGAUAUGAUCUUUUGUGUCUAGCCACAUGGUUAAAAUUAGCCUAAGCUGCACUCACUUUGUGUCUGUAUUCCUUUUUGACACUCAACUGUUCAAAACAAUGACCAUUUUUACUGAAAGGUUUGUGGGUUUUUUUUUUUGUCUGCUAUUAAGCAGACAAAGGAAUUAUUUUAGCCAAUAAUUCCUAUGUGAGGUCCUAUGACUACAGAUAUAAGCUAAUUUUCUUCUUGGUCCUUUUGACUGUCAUCUACAGUGGCAUACUGUGCAUAAUUUGACAUGUAGUUCCACCUGUUAAUGCUGCUAACUUUUAGGCAUUCACUAAAGCCUUGUUGUGGUCCUUCUUUAUCUUGUUCAUCCUGAAAGAGGAGUGGCACAUGGAUGCUUUUCACACAUCAUGAAAAAGAGUCCCAUAAACAUCUAUGGAGUUACCUCAUCUUCUGCCUUCGGAUAACUUUUAAAUGCACUCUCCUGCCACAAGCUGACUGAACCAGAACAGCAUGGCAGUGGACUGACUAGGCCACUGCUUAUGUUUCUGAGUGUUUUUGCCUUUUUGCUGUGCUUCCUUCCUUCUUUGGAUCCACUUGUCCAGCAAUCAUUUCAUUCUUUGAGUUGGAGUCUCUGUGUGCAAGAAGUCUGUUUUCUUGUUCUGCUCUUAUGCAAUGUAUUACAUACUGGAAUUCUGGUUUAGACUGGCGAUCUCAAACAUUAUUGUAGGAGAAAAACCUAGGGUAAAAUCUUGCAGUUUUCUGUGCUGUUUCCAACAUCAGUCCAGGAAUAUUUGUCUUACAGUAUGGGUCUUGCCAUGUUUGCCUGUAUUAGGAUUCCAGUUGUACAGUUAAAUUAAAAUCUGGGAAAUAACCCACUUAUUGCAUCAUCUUCCUCUUUGGCCAGCGGGAAAAUUGUUCUGUAUUGCUGCUUUCUGCCCUGCUGUUUGGAAAUAAUUCCUCUGAAUCUGCAGUGCUUUGAAGUGAGGCAAGGCUUACUGAGAGUUGAUGUAGUGAUGUGUGGUAUGAUGAAGAGGACAUUUCAAUGCAUUGAAGACUUUUAAUAAAUCUCUUCCUUUCAAGCUUUAUGUAGUUCUAUCCUUUAUCGUCAUGGUUACAAGAUGCUUUGGAAUGAACUUUGAGUAGCAUGUCUGAGGAAGUCUUAGGUUAUAAUCUUCUGUUCUUCUAAGUAUCUUUUGAACUCAAGUGACUUAAUAGAUAGCAUAACUUCUAUAGUGACCUCCCUUUAAAUUAUUAAGAUCUCUUUACCCUGACUCUGUGGGGAGACUUCUUACUGGAAGUUAAAGUGUAGACAGAACAGCAGCAUUUUUGUGGGAUCAUAUCUUGUUAUCUCUGCCAUGCAAGUAAAAAUGCUUGUGGCCAUUUGAGUCCUAUCUAACAUUUCUAUCUUUUUAUGGCCUUGGUGGAACUGCCUUGGUUUAAUGGGACGGUUGGGAGGCCCUUCUUGCCCUUCUCUUAGUCUUUCUAAAUAUGCUAUAUAAACUAACACAGCUGUUAAAAAGGUCUUCUCUUGUCAGGUCCUGUGAAAAGGACGGUAUAAACUCUCCUGAAUUUUUGUGAGAUACUGCAGCUUGUGCCAAUUUGCACCAUUUAACACUUGCUCAUCUUUUUUCAGGGUUCAUUAAAGAAAUUAGUCUAAAGGCAACAAGAAACUAAAUUUGGCUCUAACCCAAUUGAAGAGCACAAAACCAAUUGAUAUCCAUCCAGUGAUAUGCAUGUAAUAGAGUACUCUGGAUCUUGUGGUGGGAAGUGUCCUCUAAACACUUGCAACAUCAUGGUUAUAUGCCUGAAGAAACAAAGAGGACGACAGAUUUUUUUUCUCAUCUCAGUUGUGUGGUGAUCUGCACAGAAAUGAGGGAUAGAGGUGGGUGUUUGCCUAGGAGUCUUGCUUUAAGCAGUCACAUUCAAUAAUGUUUCAGUAAUCUCAUUUUUUUUGUACGAGAAAGUUAUUUCUUUAGUCUGUGUACAUUGUGUAUGGUAUUCCAUCUGCUGUAAACAGAAUUCUGCUCAGUUUGAGUAAGAAAAGCCAGAUUAGAUGAAGAAAUAGUGAACAGUUCUGGGGAACGUGAUGUGCUUUUGCUGAUUCACUUAGCCACACUAAAGCAAUAAUUAAGUGAGGCUCCCAUUCAGAAUUCUGUAGAGCUGUGCCUCUUUUUCCAUUGAUUGUAAAGAAAGACUGGUUUGGAAUUAGCCUUAGUGUAUAGUUUCCUUGGUGAGCCUGGAAAGACCGGUGCCUUGCACCUGGUAUUUCAAGUUUCUUCUAGAUCAGGGGUGUCAAACUCAUUUUCACCAGAGGCCUUCAAAGGGCCGAAUGUAAUUUUAGGACUGUAUAAACGUAGGAGUAGCUACAUUUUGAAGGCAACAGCAAGGCUGAUGUGGCCCCUGGUGAAAAUGAGUUUGACACCUCUGUUCUACAUUUUGUGUCAUUUGUCUUGCUGCUUAUAAACAGAAUCUAAACAUACUGUGGACUUUCCAGGGAGAGUAGGACUGCUUACACAUCCAAGAAAGACAGGAAGAGGCUGGGUGUUGGUGAUACCUGGUUUGCUUCCAGUGCUUCUGAAAGAGAGAAGUUUGUACAAAUGAAAAUGGAAGAGUUAUCCAGAAGGUGACAGCAUCAGUAGCAGAUCUUCUCUAAUAAUUCUACAAAUUGAUGGUAUACAAUGUUCCCUCAGAGAGAAAAGACAGAUGGGCUGCAGCUGAGCACAUCAUUAUACCUUAUACUUCUCUUGUCGCUUUUGCAUUACAUAUAAUGCCUGUUGUGUUACAAAUGCCUUAACUCUGCUGUGCCAAAUAUCGUAUUAAAAUGUAGUAAAAAAUUCCACACUCUUAAGAUUUUUUUUUCUUAAAUAAGGCAGGUAAGAGUGGAACGAAGCAGAUGUAUUUUUCCUGUUGAUGUUUAGAAUUGCAAAUGACGGGAAGUUUUGAGUUCAGCAUAUUGAGUAUUAUUUGACAGUGAGUCUACUUCAGGAUGGGAACCAACCUUUAAAUCAUUGAGUCAACACUUCUGAAGCUUCAAAAUAUGAACUCUGUGGGCUUAUGAGGAGGUACAUAUCUUUGAGAGGUGUAUAUUUGUGUCAUCUGGAAGCCUUUGUCUUAGAAUAACCAAUUUGCAUUCAGUGCAAAUGUCUCUGGCACAUCCUCCGUCAUCUGUAGCUCCACUCAACUUGGUCACACUUCAUGACAUUGAGUGGACUUGCUUCUGAACUGUCCCUUGGGCACCUCUCUGCACUCUUGUUCUGGUUUCCCUGGGCUCAUAUCCUACCCAGACAGUAAAUGAUGGGGCUUACUUAAGUCAGAAGAGGGAUAAGGUGGCCAGCUUGUCUGCUGAUAUAAUCCUUCAUACAGUCAUGGUCAUGAAUGUAUUCACAGUGUGGUUCAUGAGGGGAGGGAGGAGUCUCCUAAUUCAUGUUCCCUCUGGGACAGGAGGGAGAUCUUUGUUGAUGGUGUGCUGCAUGUACAACAUGUAGCCCGUCUCUCAUCUCCUACAGGGUUCCUCAUUUGUUUUUUCACUGUAUUUUUACCUCCCGUCUCCUUGUACCCUUCCUACCCAAUGCCUCCCCAAGAUGUAGAACCUUCUGAUCACAGUGAGACUGGACUUCAGUAGCACUGGGAAGGGAGUCUGGCAUCCCAGCAUCAGUGUACUGUGUUUCUGGUAUCUUAUCCUUGCAUCUCAUGGCAUAGUGCCACUGGAAAACUGGCUUUUUGUGUGCCUUCAGAGAGCAGAGUGCACUAUUCAUGUUCUGUAAGCAGUGUUCCUUCUGGUUUUCUCCUCCUACGUGUUUUCCUUCCUUAAAUCCACUGCCCUCUUUUUCUGCUUCAUGUUCCCCAUAGGCUUUUUUUUUCCCCUUAUAGCUGUUCACUAUCUUACCCUUCUUUGGUGCAUGGAGGAGAAGCUACUGUAUUUUGUUUAGCAAUAAGCCUGUUCUUAACAGGGGGAGCCAAUAGGAACAUAGAAUGUGCAUCCAGGACAUGUCUUGUGGACUGGAUUAGCUGUGCAGUUUGUUGUAUUGCUCUCUUGGAGGGGAAUCAGUUAUGUUAAUUGAGAAAUGGUAUAGUCUGAACUAUGAGUUAAAUUACUUGGAGAGUGUCACUUGAGAUGUUUGCUUCCUCUGUAGAAUUCUUCUGCUAAUGUGCCCUUUUGUGGACGAUUGUCUAGAUGUCUCAUCAGUCUGGAGAGGCUUGUUUUUUAGUGCUGUGUGCUCUCUGGAGAGUUUAUUUUUAAAUAGUUACUGAAGCAACAGUCUUCUAAAAUGCUGCAGUGUUAUGAUAGAAGGAAUUAAAAUGUUUAGUAAUCCUCUAAAAGGGUUGAUUGAAAUAAAUAUAUUUGUCUGUUCUAUUCUCUAAGGCUAGCUGAGAGUGUUGGUGAAACUUCUAGAAGAUUACUUGUUUACUUCAUAAUUUUUUUCCUCAAAACAUCUCUAGUUUAAAUCACGGGCAUUCCCAAACUGAAAUAUUGUCAAAAAUUAAUGUUUUAUUUCAGGAACUGCUGUGCACUAUCCAUCAUUCUCUGCUAUAAAAAGAUGACUUAUUUUCACCUGUGAUGAAUUCUGCCAUCUUAAGAUGGGCUACAUCUUCAGAUAGUCAUCUUGUAACUGUAGUUCGCAAGGAGCAGUAAGGUGCUAUUAUGCAAGCGCAAUCAUUUUUCUCAAUGAGAAACAUUUUGUAAGUGUUCCUUCUUUCUGACAAAAGCCUGUGGACUUUACCGUUUACCCUAUACCACAAAAUUUCAAAGAAAAUGUUCUUCAAGAGGUCAGAUUUCCUUAUUGCAUUUUACUCCUGCAGCACUGGAGGGCUUCUAUUUUGUCUUUUUUUUCUUACUCUAAAGUCUUCAGAUGGGUUGUGUCAGUGCAACAGUUACACUUAACUAAAGUAUUUGAAAUCAUAUCAUGUCACUGAUAAAUCAGAUGAUUAAUCAAAUUUUGUGAAAUGUCACCUCCAAAUAUAAGUGAUUGUCUUUUUCCAGGUUCUAAUUCCUUUGCUGCUCUAUUCCCAUACUCUUCAGCUAUCACAAAAGGCCCUUUGUUGUUCAUUUGACUGUUAAACUACACGUAUUUUAUGCUUCAUCGAACUCUCAGUGAGCUCAGGGUUUAUAAUAUCAAAAGUCUAGAGCUCCAAGGGUGAGAGAAGCUAACAGGUUUCAUAAAACUAUAGGCAUCAACUGGGAUACAGGAAAACACCCCAGGCAGUCAAGGCUUUUUUGAUGGCAGAUGACAAUGGUGGGCGAAUUCUCUAGUACGCGUUCAUGCAAACCAUGAUGAUAACUUACAGGCAUGAUGCUUUCUCACUGUCAGCAUCUGCUGGUGAAUUCAGCUAUGGGGCAUAGUACUUUUGUUCUAGACUUUUAAGGAAGCAGGGAAUUUCAGAAACAUGAAAUACAACAAAGCUGAAAGGGAUGGUAGUGAAAAGAGAGGAAAGGCCAAGGUGCCUGAGAAGGUUCAAGAUCCAUAGGUUUGACUUGACCUAGCAGGUCAGUGCUUGCUGCACACUAGGUGGUCUCAGUUUUUCCUUUUCCUGGUGGUAUCACAACAGAGGUGGAUCUUGAAGGCAAGACUCUGAAAUCGCCUGGAAGUAAAGUGCUGUAAGAUGAACACAAUAAAUCAAGAGGAGUGUUAAUUUCUUCUGUUGGAUUUGAGGAUGAAUUGCCUUACAAUGCUGUGCUAAUGAUGGCAAUUCAGGAAAUGAUUCACAGAAGUGGGUAGCUGAUCCUAGUCUUUCUAACAGCUGUCUUGGUUUAAGUUCGAUUGACUUAUUUACUAGAAUUGUGCUGCAUUUGCUAUGAUUGCAAUUGCAAAUACUCAGUUUUAAUUCCUAUGAUUCUAUGAAAUGGAGUGCUCUGACACCUGACAGAAGAAUGGGAGCAGCCUUCAGCCUGCCUACAAAGUCAGACACUUGGGCUUGUAUUUAGAAAAGUUUCUUUAUAGUGGUAUGGGCUGGAAGGUGUCUUCAGUGCUGUAAAUUAAAUACUAGGCCAUGUAACACAAUCAUGACAUUUAGUGUUCAGUUACACCGUGCAUUGCACAAUUUCAGUGGAGUGUGCUGCUUGCUUCAUCAUGUAAGCUCCAAUAUGGAAGCAAUAUCCUUAAAAAGUAUUGGAAUCUGAAAGCAAGUAGAUUCUGUGGUCCUGUUCUCAAAUACUGUAAUGACUUAAAAAUAUUUUAAUACUAUAUAUUUUUCAGUUAUGAAAAAAUAGAUUAUCCUGUUUUCCCUAGUAAAAAUGCAAAAUAUAUUAGUGUUCCCAUUUGAUGGGAUAGCUCCUGCUGUGCAAAAUCAAGUUGCUGUGACAUAUCAGAGUUUAUGCCACUGUUAUGCACAGCAAAUUGAUGCAGUGUCUAUGGAGUUUCAGUUAUGACAGCACAAUCUUUAGGUGGCAAUAACAAGGUCAUGGGUGUGAGAUUAACUUGCAUACAGUAGUCCUUGUUGUGGAAAGGAAUGUUUGGCAUGCAUUAACUUUUUAUAAGCUUAUAAUAUUCAGGUACUGCAGAAAAAUUAUCCUUUGUGUGAAGGUCUUAAAAAAGGUAGAGUUAUGAACUCUAGCCACCCCCUUCAACUCUGGGUUCAGAGAGGCCUUUCUUUAGAGGUGAAGGGGGGUGCAAAACAUGGCAGGCUGCCCAGGCUUUUGGUAAGUGUGUUCUAAUUUGUCACAAUUUGCUGGAGCACCGAAACUGAGCAGCAGCCCAUGGCUGGAGAGUGUCCUAACCUCUAGGAUUUAGUUGUAUCUUAGAAUGGUGAUGGGAGGCUAGUGGUGGAAAUGAGCUGUGACCUUCCUGCUCUCCUAGGCAAGGUCCUGACCACAAGGAGUUAAAACUUAGAGAGGAAUGAACUGAGGUCAGCAGCACAAAUAGUCUGUUCAGUAAAUAAUUUUCUUUGUAUAGUGACUCCAUUCUUUCGCUCAUUAUUUGCUCCACUUAUUCUUUUCCCUUCCUACACACACACACACACACACACACACGCACACACACACAGAGACACACGAGUUUUCUGCCUUUAUUAUUCUCUCUUGCCCUAGUUAUCACUUUCCGAUGGCCAGUUGUCACUGUGACCCACCCUCUGGCUAAGGGAACUGUAGACGAUAGGUUUACUGUGAAAGAACCACCCUCGGUCUGGGAUGGACACCUGUGUUCAGCUCAGAAGAUGCAAGGCUGUUUUCCAGCUGCUCCUGCGACUCUGCUUGCUCUGAGCACUGCAGUGGCUAUACAGAAUGCAGCGCGCAGGAGGGAGAACGCUGCUCAGCCAAACACAGACAAAUUGAGAGCUUUUGCCCACCUUUUCCCUGGCUUUGGCAGCAGGCUGUGAGCUCUUGGGUUAAUAAUGCUGAUAAGCCAGAGGUGAAAGUGGCUCAGCAGAGCAACAUCAGGAAAUCUGGCAGACUGGAAGAGAACAGCUGCCCUCCAGGGCAGCUGCGAAGUGUGAAGCAUGGAGGAAAGUAAGAAUGAGAAGGUGAACCAGGCUCAUGUUCUCUUCGACAGAUUUGUCCAGGCUUCAACCUGCAAGGGGACUCUCAAGGCUUUCCAAGAGCUCUGUGACUACCUAGAACUAAAGCCCAAGGACUAUCGUUCUUUCUAUCACAAACUCAAGUCCAAGCUCAACUAUUGGAAAGCCAAAGCCUUGUGGGCCAAAUUGGAUAAAAGAGGUAGCCAUAAGGACUAUAAGAAGGGGAAAGCAUGCGCCAACACGAAGUGUUUGAUAAUCGGGGCUGGACCCUGUGGCCUUCGUACAGCCAUCGACCUUUCGUUCCUGGGAGCCAAGGUGGUGGUCAUAGAGAAGAGGGAUGCCUUUUCCCGCAACAAUGUGCUGCAUUUGUGGCCGUUCACCAUACAUGACUUGAGGGGUCUGGGCGCCAAAAAGUUCUACGGCAAAUUCUGUGCAGGAUCCAUAGACCAUAUCAGUAUCCGUCAGCUCCAGCUUAUCCUUUUGAAGGUUGCCUUGAUCUUGGGAAUAGAGAUCCAUGUGAAUGUGGAAUUUCAGGGGCUUGUUUACCCUCCAGAAGAUCAGGAGAAUGAAAGAAUAGGUUGGCGUGCAUUGGUCCACCCAAAAACCCAUCCAGUAUCUGAAUAUGAGUUUGAAGUAAUCAUUGGAGGAGACGGCAGGAGGAACACCCUAGAAGGGUUUCGCCGAAAAGAGUUCCGUGGUAAACUAGCAAUUGCUAUCACAGCAAACUUUAUCAAUCGCAACACCACAGCUGAAGCCAAAGUAGAAGAGAUCAGCGGUGUGGCCUUCAUAUUCAACCAGAAGUUCUUCCAGGAUCUACGAGAAGCCACAGGUAUUGACUUGGAGAACAUUGUCUACUACAAAGAUGAUACACACUACUUUGUCAUGACAGCCAAAAAACAGAGCUUGUUGGAAAAAGGAGUGAUACGGCAUGAUUACGCUGACACAGAGUUAUUACUGUCACGGGAGAAUGUGGACCAGGAGGCUCUGCUAAACUAUGCCAGAGAAGCAGCUGAUUUCUCCACUAAUCAGCAGCUGCCAUCAUUGGACUUUGCCAUCAAUCACUAUGGUCAGCCAGAUGUGGCCAUGUUUGACUUCACCUGCAUGUAUGCAUCGGAGAACGCAGCCCUGGUGCGAGAGCAGAAUGGCCACCAGUUACUCGUGGCGCUGGUUGGGGACAGUCUCUUAGAGCCAUUUUGGCCAAUGGGAACUGGAAUAGCCAGGGGAUUUUUGGCUGCUAUGGACUCUGCUUGGAUGGUACGAAGUUGGUCGCUCGGAGCUAGUCCUUUGGAAGUUCUUGCGGAGAGGGAAAGUAUUUAUAGGCUGCUGCCUCAAACCACCCCUGAGAAUGUGAGUAAAAACUUCAGCCAUUACAGCAUUGAUCCCGCCACCCGGUAUCCCAAUAUCAACGUCAACUUCUUGCGGCCACAACAGGUACGCCACUUGUAUAAUACAGGAGACUUGAAAGACAUUCACCUGGAAAUGGAGAACUUUGUGAACUCCAGGACACCAAAGCUGACUCGGAAUGAGUCUGUAGCUCGGUCUAGUAAAUUGCUCAGCUGGUGCCAGAGGCAGACUGAUGGAUAUGCUGGUGUUAAUGUGACAGAUCUCACAAUGUCAUGGAAAAGCGGCCUAGCUUUGUGUGCCAUUAUCCACAGAUACCGUCCAGACUUAAUAGACUUUGAUUCUUUGGAUGAGCACAAUGUGGAGAAGAAUAACCAGCUGGCCUUUGACAUCGCUGAAAAAGAGUUCGGAAUAUGUCCUAUUAUGACUGGAAAGGAAAUGGCAUCUGUCGGAGAGCCAGAUAAACUGUCGAUGGUGAUGUACCUCACACAGUUCUAUGAGAUGUUCAAAGACACCAUCCCCUCUAGUGAUAGUCUGGACCUGAAUGCAGAAGAAAAAGCUGCCCUAAUUGCCAGUACCAAAUCGCCCAUCUCUUUUCUCAGUAAACUGGGACAAAGCAUCUCUCGGAAACGCACUCCAAAGGACAAAAAAGAAAAGGAAUUGGAUGGUGCAGGAAAGAGGAGAAAAACCAGCCAAUCUGAGGAUGAGGACAUCCCACGAAGCUACAGAGAAGAAAGGCCCACACUGGUGAGCGCCCUGACAGAGAGGAGGAUUGAUGCUGCCAUUGGGAAUCAGAACAAAGUUAAGUCUAUGGCAACCCAGCUACUGGCCAAGUUUGAGGAGAAUGCGCCAGUGCAGUCCUCAAGCUUACGAAGACAGCAACCUGUCCUGCCUUAUCAAGAACGUGUUCACAACCAACCAUCCAGCAGACGAGAGCAGGGCCGUCCCAUACCCCAGUGGAAACAGCUGAGGACUAAGGAACGUUGUCGGACCUGCCCCAAAAAAGUGAUCAUGCUCUCUUCUUACACUCCACCUCCCUCUCCACCGUAUCCCAGGCAGCAGAGAAACAGGGAGCCUGGUGCUGACUAUCCUGGGGAGCAGAGUCCCAGACAGGAAAGGAGAUCUCCUCGUUUAUUUUCUGAUGACCAAGUGCCUGAGAAUGUUGAACAAAGGGCAUGUCAGCUUGCUGCCCUCCUGGAGUCCAGACCUGCAGUGAGGCAUCAGCCUGAGACUGAACCGUCUCGCCGAUUCUUUGUUGACCAGUGGGAGCUCUCCCUUAGCCUCCGUUCUUCUAAUCGCCCUUCUUCACCUUCAUCUGACUCUCUUCGACAGAAGUAUAUAAAGAUGUACACAGGCGGAGUGAGCUCAUUGGCUGAGCAGAUAGCCAAUCAGCUUCAAAGGAAAGAGCAACCCAAAACCCUUCUAGACAAGAAGGAACUGGGCUCACUCAAAAAGGAGUUCCCCCAAAACCUGGGAGGCAGUGAUGUCUGUUACUUCUGCCGCAAGCGAGUCUACGUGAUGGAGAGGCUGAGUGCUGAAGGCAAGUUCUUCCACCGCAGUUGCUUCAAGUGUGAAUACUGUGCGACAACUCUGCGCUUGUCAUCUUACGCCUAUGAUAUUGAAGAUGGUAAAUUCUACUGUAAGCCUCACUACUGUUACCGAUUGUCUGGGUAUGCUCAAAGGAAAAGGCCAGCAGUGGGUCCGCUGUCAGGAAAGGACACCAAAGGACCUCUGCAGGACGCCAUGGCAAGUGAUGGGAAUGGACGGGCAAAUUCCAUCUCCGCCUCGGCAGAGAGAGCCCCAGGUUCCAACGUAAAUGGGCUGGAAGAGCCCAGCCUUGCCAAGCGGCUGCGUGGGACACCGGAGCGGAUUGAGUUGGAGAAUUACCGACUGUCCCUGCAGCGGGAAGAAGAGCUGGAAGAGGUUCCCGAAGAGACGCUAGCGGAGCAUAACCUGAGCAGUGUGUUGGACAAAGGAACAGAAGAGGAUGUGCCCAGCAGUAGUUCAGAGUCUGAGAUGGAAGAGGAAGAUGAGGAGGAGGAAGAUGAACUACUGCUGCCUCAGCAACCCCCUUCAGACCUGGGUGGUGUGCCAUGGAAAGAGGCUGUGCGUAUCCAUGCCCUUCUGAAGGGAAAGAGUGAAGAAGAGAUUGAGGCUGAGGAAAAUCAUGAGAUUGAGUACAAAGAAGAUGAGGAGGAGGAGGAGGAAGAUGAAGAUGAAGAGGAGGAAGACGAGGAGUCAAGUGAAGAGGGAGAGUAUUGCCCUUGGGAGAAAGAGCUGCAGCAAGGCCUCUGGCUUCAACAUCUCUCAAAUGAAGAGGACACGGGUACAUUUAAAGCUGGAAACCUUAGACUGCAGCAGAUUGUAAAUCCGGUUGAUCCUCUGGAGAUCCUGGCAGAUGUGCACUGGACACACAUCCGUGAAAAAGAGGAGGAGGAAAAAAUGGCCCCAACCUCAAAGUCCUCCACCUCCAGAGCAUCCGACCUUCCCUCCGUACGCCAUGAGGCGGUACAGGCGUGGCUGGAGACGGUCCCUGGAGCUCCAUGUGAGGACGAGCUGGGCACAGAGCCUGCAGACACAGAGGGGCAGGCUGGUGAAGAGGGAGACACGGGUGCAGAGCUGGAUGACGACGACAUCCCAUCUGAUGCAGAAGCAGAGUUUCGCUUACAUCAAGGUCGCAUGGAAGAGCCAGAUCUAAAAGUCUCUGAGGAUGAAGAAGAUGAAGGAGCAGAAGGUGCUUCUUGCAAUGUGACAGAAGGUCCGUGCAAGCCAUCCAUCCCUAUUCAGUUGUCUAGCGAAAGUGUUCUUCCCCUGUCUCCAGCUGAGAGUCCCAAAGCAAAACAAGCAGAGGAUGUAAAAGAUCCACUGGCUGGAGUACUCCGUGCAAUAAAAUCUCCAGAGACACGCUUUUUUCCUGAGCCUUUCCUUCUUGAGGAAGGACCAAAGGAUGAAACUCCUCAAGACAGGAAAGUUAAGAGCCCUUUGGUGCCGCUCUCUCCUGUGUUAUCCCAGCCAUCUGCAUCACCAGAAGCCAUUGUACCUACAUCGCUAGCAGAGUCUCAGCCAGCAGCAUCACCAUUGGCUUCAUCCCCAACAUCUGCUCAAACACCUAUCUGUUCCCAGCCUUUGCCUUCUGCUGAAACAUCCAUUCCAUCCCCAGCAGAGCCUCCAGUGUGUUUCCAACCUGUCCCAGCCUUAACGUCUACUCCUUUAGCCAAACUGGUCCUUAGGGGCCAGGAUAGUGAGGUGGAAAAACUGGGGAGCCCUACUACUGCAGAAGAAGCCCUGAAACGGAGUAAUCUUGUAGAAGAGUUCUGGAUGAAGAGUGCUGAAAUCCGGAGGAGCUUAGGACUCACCCCAGUAGACAGAAACAGACGCUCAGAGACGAACUUCACUGUAUCUGCCCUUGAGACAACUCCUCUAAAGGCUUUUAAUAGCGAGAACAUUUCAGGGGAUGAAAGGGUUCACCUCGUGAAACCCCAGCCUGCCCCAAGAAGACAAGGACUGUCCAAGUUAGAAAACGAGCAGAUUUCUCUGCUCACUCCAAAAUCUCCAUCAGAAAAAGAGCUAAAGAGUUCCAGUGAAAUAAGGGGAGAUGUAUCCAGCAGUUCUGGACUUGGCCUUCAGGAGAGCUCGUCUAACAUGAGAACUAUGGCUAGCCAGAGCUUCAACACUUCUGACUCUACCAUGCUUACUCCUCCAUCAAGUCCACCACCACCGCCUCCUCAGAAUGAAGAACCAGCCACUUUGCGUAGAAAGAGGCAUCAAGCAGUCUGGCAGAACGAGGUUCAAGCCAGGUCACCUCCAACACCAGCAUCAACACCACCUGCUCCCUCACGCCGUGAGCUGACCUCUGCUGCCAAGGAGUCAACCCAGGCCAAAAAAGAUGAUGUGCGGAAGUCUUUUGCAGAGAGUGUGGAUGAGAUUCCUUUUGCUGAUGAUGUAGAGGACACGUAUGAUGACAGGACAGAAGAUUCAAGCCUUCAUGAGAAGUUCUUUACACCUCCUACCAGUAGGCCAAGGCCAGAGAAACCACUUCUUUUGCCCUUGGUCAAAGAAAAUGGCGGUCCACCCUCAAUGGAAGGAGAGGUUAACCAAAAGAAGAGAGUGUUGCCUGAAAUUUCUGUGGAGGCGAAGGAGCUUGCUGAAGAACGAAUGAGAGCCAGAGAGAAGUCUGUCAAGAGCCAAGCACUGCGUGAUGCCAUGGCUAAGCAGUUGUAUAAGAUGAAAGAUAUGGAGAUGGCUGCAGCUGCUGCUGCUGGGACCACGAGGGCACGAAAGGCAUCUUCUAUGCCCUUGAAGACCAAAGAGUUGUUUUAUGACUCUCCAAAGCAUUUGGCCUUGAAACUAGCAGAGGGAUCCACACUAAAGCAUGAAGCUGCUAGUGAGAAGUUCUCAACUCCUGCUGCUGAUGUAGCUGGACCUGAAGGGUCUGUCACCUCUUCAGAAGGCUCCAGUGGGAAGAGUAAGAAAAGAACUUCUCUUUUCUCCCCUCGUAAAAACAAGAAGGAGAAGAAAUCCAAAAAUGACAGCAGACUUUCUGACAAAUCUAGUGGUGGGACAGAGGAAGGAACAAAGCCUAAAUCAUUAUGGAAGUCUGUUUUCUCUGGGUAUAAGAAGGACAAGAAGAAGAAGACUGAUGACAAAUCCUGCCCAAGUACUCCCUCCAGUAGUGCCACUGUGGAUUCUGGCAAGCACAAGGCUUCUCCGUUGAUUACAGCUGCAGAUUUGCAACUCCGUCAACACCUGAGUUUCUCAGAGGACUCUGACCUCUCCAGUGAUGAUAUUCUGGAACGUUCCUCCCAGAAAUCCAAGCAGUCGAUUUAUGUACCACACGCCUUGGCAUUCAAGAGAUCAUAUUCGUCAAAGAGAGCCUAUACAGAAGAGGAACUGAAUGCCAAGCUGACCCGGCGAGUACAGAAGGCUGCCCGUAGACAAGCCAAACAAGAGGAGCUAAAGAGGUUACACAGAGCUCAGAUCAUCCAGCGGCAGCUUGAACAAGUGGAAGAGAAGCAGAGGCAACUUGAGGAGAGAGGGGUUGCUGUGGAGAAGGCCCUUCGGGGAGAAGCAGACUAUUGGGGAGAGUCUUAUUACAGUGACCUCAUCGACUUGCAUCUGGGUGUUGAGCCCAAUGCCGGGACACCACGUCGUAGACCUCUCUCCUUCUGCCCUUGCUGUGCCCAUGAAGGCAUGGGUAAGAAGGAUGAUCCCAAAUUGAUGCAGGAGUGGUUCAAGCUGGUGCAGGAGAAGAAUGCCUUGGUUCGCUAUGAGUCCGAACUGAUGAUAUUCGCUCGGGAGCUAGAACUGGAAGACAGGCAGAGUCGAUUACAGCAGGAGCUCCGGGAGAGGAUGGCAGUAGAAGAUCAUCUGAAGACAGAUGAGGAGCUCUCAGAGGAGAAGAGGAUCCUGAAUGAGAUGCUGGAGGUAGUGGAGCAGAGAGAUUCUCUUGUGGCUCUCCUUGAGGAGCAACGGCUUCGAGAAAAAGAAGAAGACAAGGACCUGGAGGCAGUCAUGCUUUCCAAAGGUUUUAGCUUGAACUGGUCCUGAGCUAACACAUUUACCUCUGCUGGUCUGUGUUGUCCAGUUGGCCUACCCUGAGUUUGCCGGAGUUACAUGGAUAGGAAGAUGUUGAAGGGAAAAAAACCUCCGAAGGGUCCGACAGCAUGCAGGGAUUUGGCACUCAGAAGCCUUUUGAUAAGCAUGUUGGUUCCAGAAGCUUAAGUUUUACAUGUCAGCAGGGCAAGUUGAAGAGAAAGAGUUGAGACUGUAGAGUCUCCUUGAGUUCCUAUACAAGGGACCGUGUUAUUGUGUGUGUGGCAGGAGGGAGAGGAAUAAUCCAUGUGUGGGGAAGGAGGUUAAGGGAAGAAGUACCCUUAACUAGACUGGAUUUAUGGCAGUCCAUUCCUUUCCCGUUACUACUACACCAGUUCUAAUAAGAGGGAGGGAAGUGGCAACCCUCUCUGGAAAACCACAGCAGCCUGUAGCAGCCUGUAUGGUGGAGUCAGCUGUCCGAGAGAGCUCCAGAAGCCCAGGGCAACACCUUCUUUGCUUUAGUCUUCCUCCCCACCAAAGAAACCUGCAGUUGAUCUUUAUGCAUGGAUAUGAAGAAAUAAGAGACAUAGAAGAUGCUAUUCGUAUGUGUGUUGGAACUCUCUGCCUCCUGGUUUUUAGAGAGAUGUGGGCAUCAGAGAACUCUUUCCCUGUCAUAGUCUCCUAAAUCAUCUUGUGGGGAAAAAGGGGAGAAGAAGAGAGCGGGAAGAUGCCCUUCUGCUUUGCUACACACUGGAGAGACAGCUACUGCUGGCCUUGGUCUUUGGGGCCACAGCUCAGAGGCUGGUGGGCUUCUUUGUUCUGUUUUUGUUGUGACUGUUUUGACACUGGAAAAUACUGUGGGACAGUGGUAAGUAUGUGCUGGGGCAAGGGUGUUACCAGGUGGCAUUCCCUGGAUGUUAGGCCCCCAAAAGGGAGAAGCCCUUAAGUGACUGAACCACCAUUAAGACUUUUCAGUGUUUGUUUUUUUUUUUUUUCCUCUGUAUUUUGUUUUUGCACAUUGGAAGCAAAGCUUAAGACCUGCCUGGACCUUCAGUCACUUUGACCCUUUUAUGUCAAUUAACUUAUUUUUUUAAUACUUGAAAGAAGAUUCAUUUUUGUAUCUUUUAGGAAAAAAAUGGAUGAGUGAUGGGUGUGUGUGCCUGCUGCAUCCUACAACUUCCACUUCUAAAUUACUGGAUGUUGUUACCUGUGGCUAUUUAUUAGUGUUCUUAUUAAUAAUUUGAUUGUUACACAUAUUUGAUUGUGAAAAGAGUGUUUUAACUCUAUUAGAGAAAGACACUACUGCGGAUUGGUCCCUGCUUCACAGCAAGGGCAGCCUUCAUGGACCCAUGGAUGCAUCCUGCCCUAGAAGUUUUCCUUUAUGACAAAAUCCUUGCACACUCAUGGAGUUGUAAAGAAUCUAUUUGUGUUCCUAGCAUACCUUUCUUCUGCAUCCCAGAUUCCCUCUGUUGGACUAAUAAACCUAUAAUUUAUUUAAAUUUUACAUUUUUAUAACAAGAAAGCCAAAUCUGUGAGGUAGAAAUAUCCUGUAUAUCUCUCUCUCACUGAAAGAGGGGGGACCCUCACACACCUGAGAUACAGCUAGAAGGACUUCCAUGAAAACAAAAAUAGCACAUUUCCUGCUGCAUCUGUUGGAAGAAGCUCCUUUUGGUUCAACUAGAGAAGCUGCAGCUCUUCAGCCAGGAGGGUACUCAUUGCAAUCAUCUGUUAAGCAUGAGCAGGACACGCCCUGAGCAAUUCAGCACCAUUCACUGUUUGAGAGAGUCCCUGAGCACACUAUGUCCUUAACUUGUCCUUCAGAGCUGAAAUAGCACCGUGUGUUGGGUGUGCGUCCCAUCUUUAAUAUCAUAAGAGUUUUUUCCCCCUUGGGAUGCUGUGUUAAUUUCUUGUUAAAAAAAGUACUAAGCCUGCUCCUCCCCGAUGUCCAAUUCCCAAGCAUAUUCAUACAGACUCUGUCAGCUUGAACUUACACUGUUGGUGCAAGGUACCCAAGCUGGGCUGAACAACCUUUGAUCUUUUGCCCCAGGACAGAAGUCAGCAUGGUUUCUUGCUGUUGGCUCUCCACCUUCUUCAAAGAGGUCUUCUGUAAGCCAGGGUCCGAGUUGAAUUCACCUCAGGCUGCAGAAGAAUGGAUAGGACUGUCCGUAGGGACUCCGGGUGCUGCUGGUUGUUGACUGUGGAAACAGGUUUUUUUCCACCUCAAGUGUUCCCCCUUUAUUCCUCUGUAGUGUUUUCUGCUAAGGCAUUACAAAUUAAAUCCAGAUGCUCCUGAAACCAAGCAGACAGGCAGCUGCAGUGCCACUUAGUAAUUGUCAUGUAAGCAAGCGGUACCUGCUAUACCAGCAUCACUGAGUGUUGGCUUACCAACGGGAUGUCCAACAAACAGAAUUCCCCCCAUUUGCCAGCGCAGGGGCCAGCUGCACAACUCAAAUUGACCACAGUAGUUUACAUAGUCUGCAUCUGAGGGGCCAGGGGAAGCUGGAGAGGAGGAGAGAAGAAAGAGGGAAGCUGGAUACGUGGUUUAUUGUAAACUGUCUUAGGCAGAGAAUUGGCCUCAGUCCAUUUUAUAGUGCACUAAGUAUAUGGGCCACAUCUAACUUUUAACAAAAGAUCAUUGAAUGUGAGCUGUAGAACAGAAAGAAAUACCGAAGAAGAAAUACAAGAUUACUACUUUUCCCUUUCAUGCUGGGGGACACUGGCCUGAUCUUUGCUAUGUCGAAGAGUGGUAUCACUUGAGGGUGUAAUGCCCUACUGCAUGGGAAAACUGCAUAUUCUAAACCUUAAUUCUUUCGGUUAUGCUGAAGGCCUCCAGCAGGGAGAAUGAAAAUUAAGAGCUAGCAUAGUACAUGCAAAUUAAUUAAAGGUACACAAAAGGGAAUGUCAAAAGGCCUUUUUAUAUCAAAAUUCUUGUAAAAGGCACAACUUGUAUUUGCUGUUCAGUUGCACUUUAAGAAUCUGACUUGCAUAUCAGAUAUGGGGUUUUUUUACUAUCUGAGUAUUUUUAAUUCAAAUUUUAUAUUUUUAAAGCUGAAGAAGGCUCUUGUGACCACAAGAUUCCUAAUUUGUAUCAGAAUCCAAGUAGGAUGUUCUAGCUCUUUGUGCUGCCCUGGUGGGCAGCAGCACACAACUCAGCCAUGUGCAUUCAGUGAUGUGUGUCCAUUUCACAUUUAGGGGAGCAAAAAGGCCCUCAGCUUCUGAGAAGUGGGCACGCAAGGGCAUCUGUCCCUGUGCAACGCGGUCUGUACCAGGGGCUGGCCGCUUCCUCCCUGCAGUAGGUAGGAGGAGAGCUGAGCUUGGAACUUAAACCUGUGUCUGUUUUGAAAUGGCCACACUGAGGAUGAGGCAAGUGCUUCAGUCUCCUGUGGGGAAGGGAGCGGGAUACCACCUCAUGGAAACACCUGGGAGGCAAAUGGAGAUGGGGGAGUGAGGUCUGCCAAAGCCACCACUCGGCUGUUCUCACAGUACGAUUCUUUUUUUUAACUGUUCUGUUCCUAUUAACCAUGUUUUUCAUUAAAAAUGACAAACAGCUGUAAGAUCCUGAGCUUCAAAGAACUAAUGUGUGGAAGGUGACAAGAUGUUUCAGCUCCAACUUCCAGACAUGUUCCUUCUUUCAGUUAACAAAUACCCCAUGGUCUCACUAGGGCAUGUUACAAACUGCAUUGCUGAACAUAUUUUAGAGCAAAGCCAAGUUUUAAAAGCCUGUCCUUCUCUCUAUUCGUCUCUACAUUUUAUGUAAAUAUUCGUUUGUAUGUAAAGACACCAUUGGAUCCUUGGGUCCCCCCCCAGUCAAGAAUCUGAGUUUUGUGCAAUGCCUAGGUCUCUCUUAGAACACGGUGCUUGCAUAGAGCUAGUCACCACAUUUGUGUGCACUCUGGUGGUUUUUAAUAUUUUUAUACAUCCUAAUCCUGAACAUUAUGAAGCAUUAUAAGUGGUCUAGACUGCAUGAUCUAGAGCGGCUGGCAGUUCCAUUUUCUUAGCAGCUGUUCCUAAAAUGUUCACAGCUACACACUGUUUGGUUAACAGUCUUUUAAAAUGAGUUUUCAAUUAAGUGUUUACACCAGACACCAGUGGAUGAGAAAGGUGUUGCAUUAUCGGAUCUCUUAUGUACAAACUGAAAAGCCACAAUAUGGCUUUAUGGGAAUUUCAGACAUCGCUGUCUGCAAUAAAGAGAACUCUGAAGUGUACUAAAAACCAGCCUGUAUAUAGUUCACAGAAAAAGAGAUUGCUGGCUCUCAACCAUUGCAAAAUAACAGAGAUAAGAAGCUGUCCCUGAGUUCCUGGAUUGUUCAGAGCACUGAGCUUUCUGAGAGUUCCUGGAUUGCUCCAAGUACUGCUAUAGGCAGGGUAUCUGGGCAGAUGAGGAUGUCACUGAAAGCAGAUGUGAAGGGGAGGAUGCCAUACCCGGAUGGCGUUGCAGUAACUUAAAUACUCUGUAUCUGUGCGUGCAUGCAUGUGUGUGUGUGAAGUCUAAUCCAGGUGAAGGGAUCUGCUUUGGCAUCUUCCCUUUUGUAUGAAAGUGAACUCUGAUAUUCAGAUUGUUCAAGGUUUUUACAGUUGGCAUGUAUGGAGUGUUGACAGAAAAGCAUAUACCCUACCUGUAAAAAAACCCAACUCUGUUCCAGCCUGUUUUCUUCUGUUUGGUUGUGUUUUAUCAUUUGUUUUUAUGCACACUUGCUUCAUUGGUGUUGAGAUUUUAGCACCUCAGAUGGCCAACUGAACUAAAAAAAAAAAAAAAAAAAGGAAAAAAAUAAAGUCAUUAAUUAUUUUUUCUUUUUGUUGGUGGA